AUGAGCGUCCAAAGUGUCCUUACCACUUCUCUUGUCGGCGGAACCAUCAGCUCGCUGUCUGCAGAUCUAUACUUUGUAAAUAGCUCGAAUCACCAGUUCAUUCUGAACGACGCACCGAAGUCCGUUUUGAACACAACCCAUCCCAUCAAGAACAUCGACAUUUCGUGUGGAUGGAUUGUCGACGGAGUGACCAUCACGUACCAAGUCGCCGGCACCGGAGGUUCCUCUGUGCUCAGCCACGGUAGCGUCUUCAGCCCGCCCUCGAGCAGCGUUGCGAUUGGUGCGACCGAAAUCGUCGCCGCCGUCUUCGGGCGUGCGGGGUAUCAGACUUACUACGAGCGGGAGAUGAUCAACAACGUCGGCUUCGUGAUCUUCGACACUGACAAAGCUACCACGCGCAUCGCCGGGCCAUUCGGAAAUGGAGACAAUAGCAACCAGGGCGCUCCGUUCUAUGCUUCCGACGUGCUAGCAUUCGGGAGCUUUGCGGUCCCUGGAUCGUCGGCGUUGGGACUCUCAGGGCUGUUCUUCUACACAGACUCUGCAAAUUGA